AAUGAUUGUCAAGGUCUUCUGUUGGGAUUGCCUUACUGCUCAACUGGUCUAAGGAGCCAGCCAUGUCCUUUUGUCUGCUCUACUUCUGUCACGGAGAGAGGGCUCGGAGUGGCGGACGCGCACGAAUGUGAAUUACAUUGCAGUCAACUACUCUACUUCAAAGCACUUCAGAUAUCCGCAGAGUUUCCCAAACAAGUGUUUAGGAGUUGUACCGCGGGCGACUGAACGGGACUACUCACAUGUUCCUCUCCCCAAGGGAUGGUUCUUGAUCAUCCGCGGGCAGGAGCGACUUUGCGGCUCCUACAGCAYGAGACGUUUUCUUGUUUUGGGGGAAAUCGGAAUUAAAGGGAGAUGAGACCCGUACUUUGCUACUUCCUGCUCUGUACAUCGUACCUGCUGAAUGCUGUUGCUGAGGAAGUCCCGCAGGAGUUGAUAGAGAGACUGUCCCACAGCGAAAUCCACAGCAUCAGCGACCUCCAGCGGCUAUUGGACUCCGAGAUAGACGCCCCCGUAGGUGCGGAAAAUGAGGUCAUGGAGGAGACCAAGCCGAUGCAGAAGCAUCAUAAGAACUACUCCCAACAACACGGCUACUCAGACCUGAAGAGCUCACAGAUACACAGCCGCCGCAAGAGGAGCGUUGAGGAGGCGGUGCCUGCGGUGUGUAAGACGCGGACGGUGAUCUAUGAGAUCCCGCGCAGCCAGGUGGACCCCACGGCUGCCAACUUUCUGAUAUGGCCGCCGUGCGUGGAGGUGAAGAGGUGCACGGGAUGCUGCAACACCAGCAACAUGCGCUGCCACCCCUCACGCAGACACCACCGUACCGUUAAGGUGGCCAAGGUGGAGUAUGUGCGGAGGAAACCCAAGCUGAAGGAGGUUCUUGCGAGGUUAGAAGACCACCUGGAGUGUGUGUGCACGUCAACAAUCAAUCCGAGAGCAUUCAGACGCAGAACAGGUAAAUAA